AUGUCACUUGACCAAAGGAUUUAUUCUGCAGCUCUUCAAUAUUCGUGUCACCCCUCUUGGCGCUCCCAGGUUCCGGAUGGCAAGGCGAGGGAGGAGGAGCUGGUGUUUGACACCGUGCAGGCUGCUCUGAUCCGGAAGGAAGGAGUAGCGAGGGAGGAGGAGCUGGUGUUUGACACCGUGCAGGCUGCUCUGGUGAGGCAUGGGCCCGGGUCCGGAUGGAGCAGUCCGGACGGAGCAGCGAGGGAGGAAGAGCUGGUGUUUGACUGCGUGCAUGCUGCUCUCGUGGCACACAGCCCUGGUCCGGACGGAGCAGCGAGGGAGGAAGAGCUGGUGUUUGACUGCGUGCAUGCUGCUCUCGUGGCACACGGCACGGGUCAGCUGCAACGGCUGGAGCUGCGCUGUGUGGCGGAUGGGCGAGUGCUGCUGCAUGCUGCCAUCGCCACCCCCUUCUGGUGCCAGCCCCAGACGGAUGUGCGCGUGCACAUGGUCACACCAGACGGCACUCGCUGGAUCCUCAUGUUCGCAAGUCCCACAGACUCUUCAGCAUUCCUUCUCGCCAUCGGCUUUGCUCGUGCGCUCGCCACGUCCCUCUCGGCGCACCUUGCUUCUGCGGCAGCACAGACCUACCCCCCGCAUGCCUAUGUGCCGGUCCCUCCCACGCUGCAAGAUGUAUUGUUAAGCACAGGCGGACACAGGUCGCAGGCAGAGGGGGGAGACACUGUGCAAGUGGCACUGACAGCAUGGGCGGCUGACCCCUUCACAUCACCACACCUGCCCCCUCCCAAGCCAUUUCUCGUCACUCAAGGGAAGGGAGUGAAGCUGCUACUGGGCUCGCACAAGGCCUUAGAAGCCCUGGAGCAAGGGGUAGUGGGCAUGCGCAAGGGGGGGAGGCGCUUCCUUGCUGUUUCCCCCUCAGCUGCCGGUCGUGGGGAUUUUCCAUCCUUGCCUCCUAAUUUACCACCUAACACCCUCCUGUUCCUCGACAUCACCCUUCAUCGAAUGCGCAAACCAGGAGCAGCAGCAGCAGCAGCAGCAGCUGCUGCUGCCACAGCUCAAGGCCAGUCAGGAGGAGCGGCUAGCAGCAGGCGUCGCAAGUCAUCCACACACUCUCUCCCACACUCCUCAACUCCCAGCGAGGCCGACUUAGACCCGAACCAAGACCCAGACAUGGACAGUGAUAUGAGUGAUGCUCUUUCAGUCGUUUCUGCUGCAGACUCCAUCUCCUCCUCCUUCUCCUCCCGCUCAGCUCCUGUCAGCCCUUCCAAGCUCUUUCGCAAUGCCUGGCCUGGAGGCCUCUCAUCUGCUUCUGGCCUCCAUGGGUCAGCUUCCUCGCUGGCGUCGGCCUCUGCCAAGACGCCACCUGGCACGCCCUCAUUGGCUGGUGCUGCUGAUGCCUCGGGUUUUCCGCAUGGGCCUACCAGUAUGGGUCGUGCAGUGUGUGAGGGAGGUGGGGAGAGGGUACGUGGAAUAAAAGGGGAUAGAAGGGCAGAUGGGGUAAGAGACACAGAAGUAUCAGCAGCAAAAGCGGUAGAAGGACUGCAAGCAGGAGCAGCUGUCGAUUCAUCAACACAACAAGCUGUUUUCAAGGAUAGUAGUGCUUCUGCGAAGGGUGCUGUUGAUGGUGGUGGUGGUGCUGCUGCUGCUGCUGCUGUUGCUGCUGCUGCUGUUGUUUGGAAUGGCAACGACAGUGGUGCCACAAAGUGUGAUGUCCGUGCUGUGGCAGAAACUCUUUCUGCCUUGCCGAAUGGAGAGAUGGCAGAUCAGCAGCAUACCAACUUGUCAGCAUGUGUAGGGAGCGCCACCAGAGGACAAAAUAGACAGGCUGGCAGGGAGGGAGAGGAAGCGGUGGAAGGGCCAGGAGAUGGGUUUAGGGAAGGUGGGACAGGAGGUUCAGGAGGAGUAAGGUAUGGUGGAGCAGCAGCAGAUUGGUCCGGUAUGGAUAGAUUACGUGCACUAGAGGACAAGAUUGACAGGCUGGCAGACAUUACACGACUCUGGCUGGGCAGGUCUGCUCCCUGGCCGGCCAGCUCCAGACGAGGCCAAAAACUGCCGCCCAGAGGUGCCGCUGCUAGUGGGAGAUCAGAGGUACGUGAUGGUGCUAUUGGGGGGACCAGCAGGGGAGACAGGAGACUGAAUGAUGUAUUAUCCCACCAUGCCAUUGGUGGAGAAUCGGAUAGAGAGAGCAGACGAGGUGAAGCAAUGGAGAGAGCAGUCAGAAGGCUGGUGGGGCUAGGGGUGGGAAACGGGGGUGGAAUUGGGAGUGGUACGGAGGCGAACGGGAGUGGUGCGGAUGGGAAUGCUCGGGAGGGAGAAGGAGGAAGGGGCAGAAAUGAGAGUGGUGAGGGGCGGGGAGAUGGAGAGGAGGAGGUUGCGUAUGGGAGUGAAGGAGGAGAUGAGGAGGAGAAGGUUGCGUCAAGAAGAAGAGAAGUGCGAGAGGUGGGGGAAUGGGAGGGAGGGGGCACACCAAAGGAAGAGGAUAUGCAUUUCCCCACCGCUCGCCUUUCACCACAGGAAGGAGAGGAGAAGUGUGAUGGCAAAGGCAGAACAGAGGAGGAACUGGGGAAAGAGGCACAAGAGGAGGAAGGGGACGAGGAGGAGUGUUGGGAUUCACAGGAGGAGGAGGUGAUAGGGGUGGUGUCGCUGGUUCUGGCGGAAAACAGGGAGCUGAGGCGCAUGCUGAGGAAGAGCCAGGAGAGAGAGAGGCGAGCAGCGGAGCGAUGUAGGGAGAUGGAAGGUGAGUGUCGGAAGGAAGAAGGGUGGGAGGGAGGGAGAGUGAGUGUGAGGAAGGGGAGGUUGGUGGGAGGGAGGGAGGGUGAUUGA